AUGGAUUUAUUCAGCAUUACUCCGUAUAGUGGGAGCAAACAAAGAACAUCAAGUUUAUUAUCACCAAUCAUGCUGCUGACAGGUCACCAGAGUGGCAUAUACACCAUGAAGUUUAAUCCAUCAGGAACAGUGGUGGCUUCAGGGUCCCACGACAGAGAAAUCUUUCUAUGGCACGUAAGUGGGGAAUGCAAAAACUUCAUGGUUCUAAAAGGUCACAAAAACGCCAUCUUGGAUCUUCAGUGGACCACAGACGGGUCCCAGAUAAUCUCCGCGAGUCCAGACAAAACCUUACGCGCAUGGGAUGUGGAAACCGGGAAGCAGAUCAAGAAAAUGGCGGAACACUCGUCCUUCGUGAACUCAUGCUGUCCCUCGCGCAGAGGACCUCCGCUGGUUGUGAGCGGCUCAGACGACGGCACCGCCAAGCUGUGGGACCUCCGCCAAAGGGGCGCCAUCCAGACAUUCCCAGAUAAAUACCAGAUCACAGCGGUUGGUUUUUCUGAUGCCUCGGACAAGAUCUACACGGGUGGAAUCGACAACGACGUGAAAAUAUGGGAUCUGAGGAGAAACGAGGUGACAAUGACGCUUGAAGGUCACCAGAACAUGAUAACGGGUAUGCAGCUAAGCCCUGAUGGGUCUUAUCUUUUGACCAAUGGGAUGGAUUCUACGCUUAGGAUCUGGGACAUGCGCCCUUACGCCCCACAGAAUAGGUGUGUGAAGAUAAUGGAGGGACACCAGCAUAAUGUGGAGCAGAACCUUCUGAAAUGUGGGUGGUCCCCUGAUGGGAGUAAGGUUACGGCUGGAAGCUCUGAUCGGAUGGUGUAUAUUUGGGAUACCACUUCAAGGCGGAUACUUUAUAAGCUUCCUGGUCACACUGGAUCGGUUAAUGAAUGUGUGUUCCACCCAACUGAACCCAUCAUUGGAUCUUGCAGCAGUGAUAAACAGAUAUAUCUUGGGGAGAUCUGA